GCUAACCCGAAAAGUAGAGGAUGGAUUCUCUACUUCAUUCGUAAAAAUAGUUCAGCUAGACCAGAACGAAAAAGGACCGCCUGGAGAGUGAACGGGCUCUGACUUGUGGGUGUUUUCGUUCCAUCAACAGUGGUGCUAGUUUUUAAAUGGUUUUUAAAAAGUUUUACUAUAAAGCUGCGGAUGGGUGAUUACCUCUCUCGGCGGUUCCAUGUGAGGAGACGAUGAAGAAUUACAACAGCAGCCCCCGUCUAAAGAAUCAGAGCUCAAAUCACACAGGAGAUCGAAACAACAAGAAGGGAGGCUGGCUUUCGUCGCUUUGGCUACGCUUCUCCUUGCGCGAUUAUAUUUUUUGCAUGGCUACACUCUUUCUCUUCAGCAUCGGUUCACUGUUUUAUCAACUGAACGGCGGAGCACCUAAAGUUCUGCUGGAAAUUCGUCAGUAUCUCGGAGAGUCCACGUUUAAAGAUGACCAUGGACCCCCUGCUCUAAAGGUGCUGCCAUUCCCCAGCCAGGUCAUCUACAACCGUGUGGGAAAGUGUGGGAGUCGCACUGUGGUUCUGCUCCUCAGGAUCCUGGCUGAGAAACACCAGUUCACCCUGGUUUCCUCUGACAUCCACAACAAAACCAGGCUGACCAAACACGAGCAGGUGGAUCUGAUGAGAAACAUUAGCUCCAUUCCACAGCCCUUCCUGUACACCAGGCAUGUUCACUUCCUCAACUUCACCAGGUUUAGGAUAGAGCAGCCUGUCUACAUAAACAUCAUCAGGGAUCCCAUCAACCGUUUCCUCUCCAACUAUUUCUUCCGCCGCUUUGGCGACUGGCGAGGCGAGCAGAACCACUUGAUCCGGACGCCGCAGAUGAAGGAUGAGGAGAGAUAUCUGGACAUUAACGUGUGCAUCCUGGAGAACUACCCAGAAUGCUCGAAUCCUCGCCUAUUCUACAUAGUGCCAUAUUUCUGCGGCCAGCAUCCUCAAUGCAGGGAGCCAGGCGUAUGGGCGCUGGACAGGGCAAAGCAGAACGUGGUGGAGAACUUCCUCCUGGUGGGUAUCCUGGAGGAACUGGAGGAUGUGCUAUUCCUGCUGGAAAGACUGCUGCCUCACUACUUCAGCGACGUGGUGGCCAUCUACAAGAGCCCAGAAUUCUGGAAGUUGGGUAACCUUACAGGCACAGUGCGGAAGCACACACCCACGCUGGAGGCCCUGCAUGUGCUCUAUCGCCGGAUGAAGUACGAGUACGACUUCUAUGACUUCGUGCGCGACCAGUUCCACCUCGCCAAGAGGAAGAUCGGCCUGAGGUCUGCUCAGAUGGGCUCCGCCCACGAGCCAGGCCUCCUGCGCGAGCUCGCCCUCACGACCCAAAAGCCGCUGUUGGAUGAGGAAGAGGAGGAGGAGGAGGAAGAUGAGGGGGAGGACAAAGACGAGCAGGAGUGGCAGGCAGUCGAGGACGCCAACAACUGGUUGGUCCAGCCUUGAGACGGGGCCAGGGGGUGGAGUUAGCAUUCCCAAAAGUGCUUUGGGUGUGUGUGUGUGCGUGCGCGUGGUUGCACAAUGCCCGUGUUUUUAAUGGGACAGCCCCACCUGGACAUCUGGAAGGGCCUGAGUAAAUAUAUUUAUAGACUUGUGAAUCUGUUUUAUUGACUUUAUUUUCAUUGGUGUUUUUAAUUCCUGUAUGUUUUUUUGUUUUAUUCAUUCUCCCAGUGAGAUAUUUAUAACUUUGUCAGGAGAACAAACAGAAGAUUAGAUAAAACAUCUUGAAGGAAUAGGGAGCAGACGCUAACCUGAAAUGUGUAUCUUACAGAGAUUAUCCUGAUGAUCACAUUACAAAUACUGGGCCCUAUGGAAUAUCUCUGUUAAUAAAGCGUCAGUCUCUCCUCUUC